CCCAUCACUGCCACUACAUAAUAUUUCUCAAAAAGAUGUAGUCUACCACACAGAAAAAGCCAAAAGGAAUAAAUUAAAAAACCAUACUUUUUUGUUUGAAAGGUCCAGAAUACUCCUCAGCUUAAAAGGAAAGAAAAAAGAUUGACAAUCAAUAAUGCAAGCUCAAAACUUCCACCACCACACCAAAACCACUCUCCCAAAGAGGCAAUGUCGCUUGCUCCUACAGCUCUAGCACCUCCAACUUCCCCUCUUUUUGCGGAGGUAGCCAUGGGAGCUGACUCCUCUACUUCUAUUGUUCGAGCCACUGUUAUUCAAGCCUCCACUGUCUUCUAUGACACCCCUGCCACUCUUGAUAAGGCUGAGAGGUUACUGGCAGAAGCAGCUGGAUAUGGAUCCCAACUGGUUGUGUUUCCAGAAGCUUUUAUUGGCGGUUAUCCUCGUGGUUCCACUUUCGGUGCAUCCAUCGGGAAUCGAACGUUAAAGGGUAGAGAAGAAUUCCGCAAGUAUCAUGCUGCUGCCAUUGAUGUACCUGGUCCAGAAGUCGAUCGAUUAGCAGCAAUGGCUGGAAAGUAUAAGGUGUAUCUAGUAAUGGGUGUGAUAGAGAGGGAGGGAUAUACUCUCUAUUGUUCUAUAUUGUUUUUUGACAGUAAUGGUCAGUACCUGGCGAAGCACCGAAAAGUCAUGCCAACUGCAGUGGAACGUAUAGUUUGGGGGUUUGGUGAUGGAUCAACAAUUCCAGUUAUUGACACUCCAAUUGGUAAAAUUGGUGGUGCGAUUUGUUGGGAAAAUAGAAUGCCACUUCUGAGGACAGCUAUGUAUGCUAAAGGUAUUGAAAUUUAUUGUGCACCUACUGCUGAUUCCAGGGAUACAUGGCAAGCAACAAUGAAAAGCAUUGCUCUUGAAGGUGGAUGUUUUGUGCUUUCUGCCAAUCAAUUCUGCCGAAGAAAAGAUUAUCCACCCCCACCAGAGUACACAUUCUUUGGCAUAGAAGAUGAGCUCACACCAGAUUCUGUUGUCUGUGCUGGAGGCAGUGUCAUUAUAUCACCCUUUGGGAAUGUUUUGGCAGGACCUAAUUAUGAUGGAGAGGCUCUAAUCUCAGCAGACCUAGAUCUUGGAGACAUAGCAAGAGCAAAGUUCGACUUUGACGUAGUUGGGCAUUAUUCAAGGCCAGAAGUUCUCAGCUUGACUGUAAAGGACCAUCCAACAAAAGCAGUUAUCUUCACCUCUUCUGAUAAGAAAACUGAAGAUUCAUAGCUGCAGUUAUCAUUAGAGGUCAGAGAUGUGGGGACUGUUGUAGCUUCUUCUAUUGGAAGACGUUUUCUUACAUUAUAAAUAACCUUUUGUCCUCUGAAUGUAACUCUUAAUAAUAAAUUAGGUUAAAUCAGUUUAUGAUUUAAUCAGUUGUGCGCACUAGCAGGAAUUGCUGAGUGCCUGAACUAUGUAUUUUAUUGGCCGUUGCAUUAUUUAUAAUUCUGAAGAAUUCAAGAUUUCUUCUUCUUUCUGCUA